UUCACAGACCACCGUUUCCCCAGGAUCUCGCCGCUCUAGCCGGCCGGCCCAUACUGCCCAUGACGUCAGAGCGCGGCUAGCGGGGUGACGUCACGGAGCGUGGACUGCAAGCGGCCCUCCACAUACUGGACCGCGUCCAAGAUCCCACGGCUCCGAGGAGUGAUGCGGUGACGGUGACGGUGACGGUGACGGUGACCGGCGGCGGAGCGGAGACCGGAGCGCAGGCAUCAACAGACAGUUUUUUGACGGAGGUAAAAAAAAAGUUCUUGAGGGCCUAAUCACACUACAGAAUAUCCGCCUGAAGAAAUUCCAAGCGGACCAGGUGGUGCCUGGUUUAGGACCACUUGAAAAUGCGCCAUCUCCAUUAAUGACAAUGCAUUUCUGAAGGAAACCUCAUUUGAAAACCAUGUUGGAAACUAUUGAUACUCAUCGUGCCUUGCAGGCAGUAGAGCGCCUGACAACAAAAGUGCGAGAUCGUGGGGAUAUAGCAAACGAAGAAAAGUUAUGUUUGUUAAAGUCUGUCCUACAAAGUCCUCUCUUUAACCAGAUUUUAAGCUUACAAUCUUCAAUUCACCACAUCCGAGAACAGGUGAAUGCAACACCAACUGGAUCCUCAAUAACUGAGUUUGCACAAAUUUCUCCAUAUGGAUCAAGCUCCCUUUCAACACAGACUGAGCCCUACCCAUUGGCUCAACAGAAUGGUAGUCAGUGUAGCUACGAAGAAGCUUUUGUACAGUCCUCAUUUUCCCAGCUCAAUGGCAAACCAGCAAAUGAGGAUUUUGACCAAAUUAUCACACGGAUGGCUCAAGGCCGUCAGAUUGAAACACUGGACAUGGUUAAACCAGCAAGUGGUAGCCUUGGUUUUAGCGUUGUUGGCUUGAAGAGUGAAAACAGGGGAGAACUUGGGAUAUUUGUUCAGGAAAUCCAGGAAGGAAGUGUUGCUAAUAGGGAUGGAAGGUUGCAGGAGGUUGAUCAGAUUCUCUCCAUUAAUGGUCAGCCUCUUGAUCAGACCAUUACACAUCACCAAGCCAUUAACCUACUGCAGAGGGCAAAGGAGUAUGUGCAGCUUGUGGUUGCAAGAGGACCCUUACCACAGUUAGCUAGUCCGAUGGUAUCCCGCACACCUUCUGAUGCCAGCACGGUGUCUGCACUUUCAAGCCCUAUGCACUGGCAGCAUGUGGAGACUAUUGAACUGGUUAAUGACGGCUCAGGUUUGGGCUUUGGAAUUGUUGGAGGAAAAUCAACUGGCGUUAUUGUCAAAACAAUUCUACCAGGCGGAGUUGCAGAUCAGCAUGGCAGGCUGUGCAGUGGAGACCACAUAUUAAAAAUAGGAGACACGGAUCUUGCUGGAAUGGGCAGUGAACAAGUUGCCCAGGUUUUGAGGCAGUGUGGAAAUCGGGUAAAGCUGGUUGUUGCCAGAGGCCCAGUGGGGGAUCCAACCACAGUAGUCUCUACAGGGAUUCACAUGCCUCCAUUGAUACCUGCUGCACCGGAACCACAGGCUAAUGUUGGAGUCAAAAGGGAUAUAAGUGGUGACACUUUUGACGUCCAACUAUCAAAGAAUGCUCAGGGCUUGGGAAUAACCAUUGCUGGUUAUGUUGGCGAUAAAAAUGCAGAACCCUCUGGUAUUUUUGUGAAAAGCAUUACAAAAGGAAGUGCUGUUGAGCAGGAUGGAAGAAUUCAUGUUGGUGAUCAGAUCAUUGCUGUUGAUGGAACCAAUCUCCAGGGUUACACUAACCAACAAGCUGUAGAAGUUUUGCGUCACACAGGGCAGACUGUCCAUCUGACAUUAGUUAGGAGGGGUCAAAAGCAAGAUGUCAUCACUCAUCAGUCUGAAGAAUGUGUCAGCGCAAGUGUCCAAACUGUGCCAUCAGAGAACGUUGAGGAGGACCAAGAAAGUACUAAGAAAACUCAACCGCUGUCAUCAGUGAUCAGUAGCACUGUCAAACAGCCUGCAUCAAAAGGAAAAAGCGUACAAACAGAAGAGGAAAGUAUUUCGACCAUAAGUGACGAAGAUGCUCUCAGAAGCAAGUGGCAAAGAAUUAUGGGUGAUAAUUAUGAUAUUGUGGUUGCCCAAGUUAACAAGUUCAGUGAAAGCAGUGGAUUGGGCAUAAGCCUGGAAGCUUCUGGUGGUCAUCAUUUCCUGAGGUCCAUAUUACCAGAAGGGGCUGUUGGGCGCAGUGGAAAACUGUUCAGUGGGGAUGAAUUGCUGGAAGUAAAUGAAAUAACUCUCCUGGGCCAAAGUCAUAAAGAUGUGGUAAAUAUCUUAAAAGAACUGCCCAUCAAUGUCUCUAUGGUGUGUUGUCGCCCAAAACAACAGGACUCCAGCCCUCUCAUUGCCGAAGAACAAUGUAUUUCUGAACAGGACAUCCAUCUCAUUGAUAAGGAGGAUGAGCUUUCCAACACUCAGUUACCCAAACUAUGGAAAAUACAAGAUGAGGAUCCUUUAAUUCCUAGUCUGAUGUCUGGUAAAGAAUCCCAGCUUCAUAUUGACUUUGGUGGUGCUGUUGGCUCCACAGAAACUGAUGACUUGAUCUUGCCAGAAGGUGACGAAAGUCCAAGCAUUGAAGAUACACAAGGAUCACCCUUGGCAAUGUGGGAGACUGAAAUUCAGAACAUUGAACUAGAGAAAGAAAGCCUAGGACUUGGCUUCAGUAUACUAGAUUAUCAGGAUCCCAUUGACCCAGCAAGCACAGUGAUCGUUAUCCGCUCCUUAGUUCCCGGAGGAGUUGCAGAGCAAGAUGGCAGACUUUUGCCUGGUGAUCGCCUGAUGUAUGUCAAUGACAUCAAUUUGGAACAUGCCAGCUUAGAGGAGGCUGUUCAGGCACUUAAAGGUGCCCCAGCAGGAACAGUAAACAUUGGAGUUGCCAAGCCUCUGCCACUGUCACCAGAAGAAGGCUAUAUAGCUGCUAAGGACUCUGCCUUCUACACUGCACACUCAUAUGAUGAGGAAGGGUCAAAUGAUGCACAUCUUUUCCAUGCUGAACUAGCUCUGGUGGAGACCAAUGAUACUGACCUGACAGGGGAAAGUAGUAUAGACUCUCACUUUCCUCCAGAUGAUGACGGCUCGCUUCAGGCUUCUAUGAUAGCUUUGCAUGGCAGUGUCUGUAAGGAUGAACUCCUUCAUGACUUCACUGAAUGCUCCUUGCAGGUGGAUGUCUCUAAGGAGGAUGACAGCUUUUACUCAGCCUCUGACGUCCAAACUGAAAGUCAAACUUACCAAAAGUCCAUUCCAACAUCUGAACUUUGGGCAACGUCAACAUCAGUUCUGGAUUUUAAAUUGCCUGCUAAGGAUUUAUAUAACCUUAAUCUUAGCCCAACAGAAGAUGCUAAAGAAACCGGAAUGAAUAGUGAUUCUUCUUGUGAGUUUAAGGUGCUUUCAGAAAAUGCUGGGCUUGACAAGCAGUUGGAAGGCACAUCAUCUGGUUCAUGGGUACAGUUCAAGACUCAUGGAACAGCAACCACUGCUGACCUUCCUGACCCACUUUUAAAGGCUGAUGGAUAUUCAUCUGGAAGACAAUGCAGUGAAGCAAGCGAAGAUUUUAACUCUAAAGCUUUAAUUAAAAGCAAAUUUGAACGAACAAUUACUGUGACCAGAGGAAACUGCAGCCUUGGUAUGACUGUAAGCGCUAAUAAAGAUGGCUCCGGUAUGAUUGUCCACAGUGUUAUAAACGGAGGCUCCAUAAGCCGUGAUGGUAGAAUUCAUAUUGGAGAUUGCAUAUUGGCCAUCAAUAAUGAGUCUACUGCUAACUUGACCAAUGCCCAAGCACGAGCUAUGCUGCGAAGACAUUCCUUACUUGGACCUGAUCUAAGAUCUUCUCCCGCACCUGCUGAUGAUCAGGCCCCAUUUUAUGUCAUUACAUAUGUUCCAAGGGAGAAUUUGGAAGAUCAUCGGGCGAGUAUGGGGCAGCUAAGUGAAGGAACUGUUCCACUAGAUCUCUUUACUACACAGAACAAUAGUGAUGCUCCAGAGUUGCCAGAGCGUGAAGAAGGGGAAGGGGAGGAAAGUGAACUGGAACAUGCUGCAUUCAGCAACUGGAAUAAUCCAAGAAGGGUAGAGCUUUGGCGAGAGCCUGGGAAAUCACUGGGGAUCAGCAUUGUUGGUGGCAGAGGCAUGGGGAGCCGGUUAAGCAAUGGCGAAGUCAUGAGAGGAAUCUUCAUCAAACAUAUUUUAGAGGACAGUCCUGCAGGGAAGAAUGGAACACUGAAAACCGGAGAUAGGAUUGUGGAGGUGGAUGGCAUUGAUCUCAGAGACGCCAGUCAUGAGCAGGCAGUGGAGGCCAUAAGAAAGGCUGGAAAUCCUGUUGUCUUUCUGGUGCAGAGUAUCAUCACCAGACCCAGGCCUGAAUCUUUGUAUUGCUCUUCGUCUGCCUCUGCUUUCAGGGGGCAGCCACAUACUAACCCCUUCUCUCACAGCACAUCAAAGAAGCAAAGCUUGCCUUUACAGAGCACCUUUGGUACUAAACCUCUCUUCAGAUGCACUAACCCAUUUGCAGACCCCUCUCAGUUCACCACUAACAAGGGCACAAUGAAUCCGGUUAGAAUUGCUUUCCGUUGUUCCCCAACUAACCCCUUUGCUCCCACGCCAUUUAAGGCUUCUAGUAAUUCCGAUUCGGACUCCGAAAAGAUAACCUUUUCCAAUCUAGUUGCUGCACCUGUGACCUCAAUGAGUUCUGACAGUGCUCUGCUAGACACUACUACGUUCAGUGGAGAUCCAGAAAAAGAGGACGAAUUUGGCUACAGUUGGCGAAAGAUAUCACAGCGCUAUGGAAACCUGCCAGGAGAGUUGCAUAUGAUAGAGUUGGAGAAAGGGAAGACUGGAUUGGGCCUGAGCCUUGCUGGAAACAAAGACCGAUCACGAAUGAGCGUCUUCAUCGUGGGGAUUGAUCCAAAUGGAGCAGCUGGCAAAGAUGGCCGGUUGCAGAUUGCCGAUGAGUUAUUAGAGAUUAAUGGACAAAUAUUAUAUGGAAGAAGUCAUCAGAAUGCCUCCUCAAUCAUCAAAUGUGCACCAUCUAAAGUCAAAAUAAUUUUUAUCAGGAAUAAAGACGCUGUAAGCCAAAUGGCGGUGUGCCCUGUGAAAACGACUGAGCUGUGCCCUUCCAACUCUUCUGCCUUUCCAAGUCAAGAGGCUGAUGAAAGUGUGGAGCCUCCAUUGAAUUUAAGCUCCUUUAAAAACGUCAUCCAUGUGAAUUUGCCAAAGGACCAAGGAGGCUUAGGCAUUGCUAUAAGUGAAGAGGAUACUGUUAAUGGAGUAGUUAUUAAAAGCUUAACAGACUACGGUGCAGCAGCAAAGGAUGGACAAAUAAAAGUGGGUGAUCGCAUCUUAGCAGUAGACGAUGAACCAGUGGUGGGUGACCCUAUUGAAAAGGUGGUUAGUCUUCUUAAGAAAUCAAAAACCACUGUGAAGUUGACAAUAAGUUCUGAUGAAAAAGAAUCCCAGCAAAACCAUGUUUUACCUCUAUUAUCUACAUUUACCUCCAGUGCGGAGAAGAAAAGCAGCCAGCAGGGUCCACCACAUAUAAGCCUUCCAGAGCCAGAACCUGCCCAUAGUUCUAGCCGGUCAUCAACCCCAGCUACUUUUCCUUCUGAUCCAACCACUUGUCCUAUUAUACCCGGAUGUGAAACAACAAUUGAAAUAUCUAAAGGGAGAACGGGUCUGGGACUCAGUAUUGUCGGUGGUGCAGACACAUUGCUUGGUGCCAUUAUAAUUCAUGAAGUGUAUGAAGAAGGAGCAGCUUCCAAAGAUGGCAGGUUGUGGGCUGGUGACCAAAUUUUAGAGGUCAAUUGUAUGGAUCUAAGAAAUGCUACACAUGAUGAAGCCAUAAAUGUACUGAGACAGACACCACAAAAAGUCCGCCUGACUGUAUACCGAGACGAGGCACAGUACAAGGAGGAAGAUAUGUAUGAUAUUGUAACUGUGGAGCUUCAGAAGAAACCAGGGAAAGGUCUUGGGUUAAGCAUCGUGGGGAAGAGGAAUGAUACAGGUGUAUUUGUCUCAGAUAUUGUGAAAGGUGGUAUAGCAGAAAUCGAUGGAAGGCUGAUGCAGGGUGAUCAAAUAUUAACAGUAAAUGGAGAGGAUGUUAGGAACGCUACCCAGGAAGCCGUGGCAGCACUCUUAAAGUGUUCCUUAGGUACAGUAAAACUGGAAGUUGGAAGAAUCAAAGCUGGACCAUUCCACUCUGAAAGACGGACUUCACAAGGCAGUCAAGUCAGUGACGGCAGCAGCAGUCUUACAUCAUUCAAUUUCCCACCAGCGGGUACUGCAGCAGUGGAGUCAGCUGAGAAUACCUCCAAAAAGAAUGACACUUCUGACAUCCAAGGACUGAGGACAGUUGACAUCAUAAAGGGCCCUUCAGAUUCACUAGGUAUCAGCAUUGCUGGAGGAGUUGGCAGCCCUCUGGGAGAUGUUCCAAUUUUUAUAGCCAUGAUGCAUGCAAAUGGAGUUGUAGCCCAAACACAGAAGCUAAGGGUUGGUGACAGGAUUGUUAGUAUUUGUGGCACUCCGACUGAAGGAAUGACUCACGCUCAGGCUGUCAGCGUCUUGAAGAAUGCCACAGGCACAAUCGAGCUGCAGGUCGUGGCUGGUGGAGACGUAAGUGUGGUUACUGGUCAACAACAGGAACAUGUGGGCACUGCAGUCAGCUUUUCUGGUAUUACUUCAAGCAAUAUUCUACAAGAUGAUUUGGGACCUCCUCAGUACAAGACAAUCAUUCUUGAAAGAGGACCAGAUGGACUUGGCUUCAGUAUUGUUGGGGGUUAUGGAAGUCCGCAUGGUGAUCUCCCCAUUUAUGUAAAGACUGUUUUUAGCAAGGGAGCGGCAUCAGAAGAUGGUCGUCUGAAUAGAGGGGACCAGAUCAUUGCUGUGAAUGGACAGAGUCUAGAAGGUGUGACUCAUGAGGAAGCAGUUGCUAUUCUGAAGAGGACAAAAGGAACAGUCACUCUUACAGUGCUGUCCUGACCCCGUGGCUUCUGUAGUACUAUAUUUAAGUGUCCAUUUGUGUGUCACCAGUACUUUCCCCUGUGAAAGUACAUAAAGCAGUAGGGCUCAUACUAUGUCAGCUGUGUGUUUAUCUAGCUGCUGUCCUUUAACACACUGAUUUACAUUGUAGAGAGGAAUGAAUAUGUUACAGCUUAUUCAGCUGACUUGUGUGCUCUUCUCCUGAAUGAUUCCUGUAGGCCAAGUUCCAAUAGCUCUUUCUGUAGCCACAAAGGAAGUAUUUUAAUAGUGUAAAUCUAUUACACUAAGCACAAUUGUGCGAGGAUCUUGGCAAAACAAGAGGUGAAGAAGAUGGAUUUCUUUUGAAAAACAAACAUUUUAUAGGUUACUUCUUUUUUUUAUUUUGUUUUUACUGUGCUUAUGUGUCUUUUGCAUCACCACUUUGCUGCUAUUUAGCCUAUGAACAAACGAAUGUUUUGUGUCUGUCUUUACUAGUACACUGGACAAAUUGAAAUUUAUUUUACCAUAGUUUAAUUUUAAAGUAUAACCUUUAUUAUUUUAUAUAGUUAUUGCACAAGUUUGAUUUGUUAUGGUAUAAGAUUGAAUUUUGGUGACUUAAAGGGGUACUCCACUGGAAAAAAUUUUUUUUUUU